UGAACACACAGGGUCUUUAACUGGCGGGGCCACAGACUGCGUGUUUACUCAACGCAGCUGGGAUUCAAACUCACUUUCUGCGUCUCCGCUAUGUUGACCCAUUGCUUCGCGUUAUUUGGAUACUGAAACGCAACGCGCUGGUUUAUAUUCAGUCAUCGGGACUCGAGCAAAUGACAGCACUUGUGAAUAUUUUCUAAUACUUCAGGAAUACAUCAGCUCAUCACUUUGCGUCCACAUUUUUCUUCCGUCGCCCCCAUCUGAUGAGUCUCGAGACUACAUCAGGUAUCCGGCCCAUAACACGGGCACCGGAGAUGGACUCGAGAGGAACCAAAGUGGCACAUGGAUUUCAGAGGAGUUCAACCUCUGAUGACGACUCUGGAUGCGCUCUAGAAGAGUACACCUGGGUACCACCUGGAUUACGACCUGAUCAGGUCCAGAUCUACUUUUCCUGCCUGCCAGAGGAGAAGGUGCCAUAUGUCAACAGCCCGGGAGAGAAACACAGGAUCAGACAGCUUCUCUAUCAGCUGCCACCACAUGACAAUGAGAUUCGAUACUGCCAGUCCCUCAGUGAGGAGGAGAGGCGAGAACUUCACAUGUUUAGCGUUCAGAGGAAGAAAGAGGCACUCGGCAGGGGCACCCCAAAACUGCUACCCAGAGCCCUGCAACAUAGUUGUGAGCAUUGUAAAGAGAACAUCAGGGGUGGAGAGAUGGCAGUGUUUGCUUCAAGAGCGGGCCCUGGACCGUGCUGGCAUCCAGCAUGCUUCACUUGCUCUACCUGUCAUGAGCUUCUGGUAGACCUCAUCUAUUUUUAUCACAAUGGCCAAAUCCAGUGCGGUAGACAUCACGCAGAACUUUUGAAACCGAGGUGUUCUGCAUGUGAUGAGAUUAUCUUUGCCGAUGAAUGUACGGAAGCAGAGGGUCGUCACUGGCACAUGAAGCAUUUCUCUUGUUUCGAGUGCGAGACGAUUUUAGGCGGGCAGAGGUACAUCAUGAAAGAUGGCCGACCCUUCUGUUGCGGAUGCUUUGAGUCACUGUAUGCAGAGUAUUGUGAGGCCUGUGGGGAGAACAUUGGAGUAGACCAUGCACAGAUGACAUACGAGGGUGUACACUGGCACGCCACCGACAACUGCUUCUCUUGUUCCCAAUGCAAGACCUCCCUGCUCGGCUGCCCCUUUCUUCCAAAAGAUGGUCGGAUAUACUGCUCCAAAGCUUGUAGUCUAGGUGAGGACGUCCAUGCUUCUGACUCUUCGGACUCGGCUUUUCAAUCUGCCAGGUCACGGGAAUCUCGGCGUAGCGUACGAAUGGGCAAAAGCAGUCGCUCUACGGAGCCGUGUAGGCAGUCACAACUGUAUUCAGCUACAGACUACAAGAUUUCUAACAUCUGUGGUGAAAACACACAGAACAAUCAGCUGUGCAAUCAACUGGAGAGACUCAAUUUUACAGAGGAAAACUACUGGAGAGAUCGCGAAGAGCAGGAAGCCCCUGAGGAUUGCGUAGAAGAUUGGGCCCAGCACGACGACUACAUGACCCAGCUGCUCUUGAAAUUUGGAGACUGUGGAGUUGUUCAGAAAGAGGACACAAGGCAGACCGAGCAAUGGAUGACCAAAGAUUUCGAGUUAAACAGGACGAAACCAGAGAUUAAGGUCAGUGGGCAAAAUUUGGCAAGCAAGAAGCACCACACGGAUAUGUACUGGGCCCAGUCUCAGGAUGGACUUGGAGAUUCUGCUUAUGGCAGUCAUCCUGGGCCAGCUAGUGCUAGAAAGAUUCAAGAGCUGGAGAUGGAUCAGGGAGCAGGACCUGGAUUCUGGUCUGAGCCUAGGCAAUGGUAUGAAGACUCUUUGGAGUGCAUUACCAGUCAACUUCGGAAGGCGGAGCAUAGCAUCGGUGACUCUAUGGAUUCUCUAGCUCUCUCAAAUAUAACAGGAGCGUCAGUUGAUGGAGACACCAAAGACAGACAGACUAUAUACUCCCUCCAUAACAUCAAAGAGCAGGAACGAGAGGUGGAAGAGUGUGAUAACAUUAGUAAUAUGGGCACACUAAACUCCUCAAUGCUUCACAGAAGUGCUAAUUCCCUGAAGAGUCUAAACUCUGAGCUGGAGGAGGCACUUGGGGAAGUAGAGGCAGAAGAUGAGGCGGAAGAGGACGGAAUUUCACCUUAUUUCGGAGAGGAUCCAACCUCUCCCCUGCAUCUUCCAGUGCUGAGAAGGACCAAGUCCCAAUCGCAGCCCCAGUCCAAACCUCAACAAGUUAAGUUUUCUGAAGACGUUGUGGAUAAGGGAUAUUACGGUGGUCUGGGCUUGAGGCAACCACCAAUGAGCGAGAGGACUCGCAGGAGGACCUAUCAAAUUGAGGAGCAACCGAGACGUCCAACAAACAGACAUCACAAACACAAAUCGGGCCGGAAAACGCGUUCGGAAAAUGCUUUGCACUUACCCAAGGAGCGGGCAAAACUGCACGUUGUGCCUGAGAUAAUCAGCUCGAGCCGACCAGAGCCCAGGAAUGGGAUCCUUCUUAACCAGUCCACACACGGUCAUCAACGUAACCCGUCAGGAGGCUACGCUCAGCAGGGCAUGGUCCGAGUUGACCAUCUCCGAGACUUUUGUGAUGACGAAGAUGACUGGUGUUCCACUUGCUCCUCUUCCUCCUCAGAGUCUGAGGAAGAAGGGUUCUUCCUUGGCCAGCCAAUCCCCAAGCCUCGAUCCCAAAGCUUUCAUUAUUACACAGAGGACUAUCAGACCCGUGUCACGGCUUUAACGCCCCCCUUCGGCUCACGGACCAAACCGAAAAAGAAAGGUCACAAGGGCAAGAACUGCAUCAUUUCUUAAGACUUUCAACUAAAGUUCUCCAGGCUGCCUCUUUUGGGACAUAAAAAGAAAGCUGGAAACUUGUAAUUUGAGAUUUUUAAAGUACAGCAUGCCAGUUUUGUUUGUAUUGUAUGAACAUUGGAAAGUAACUUGCAAUAUUUCCUUGUACAUUGUAUAGCGUUAAUGCCAAAAGCGAAAUUACUGAGUAGCAUGUAGACUAACUAAAUAAUUAUUUAAUAGUGCAAGCAAUGUAUAUUUGUUAAAUUAAGAUUGGAAUACUGAUAUUUUUUAUAUCCAAAUAUGUUAAAUGAUUCAUUACUACAAUUACUGGCCUAAUGGAUGGAGUUAUGAUUAUAUUAAAGAACGAAAUUGAGGUUUUGCCAUUUUAUUGGCAAGGGUUUUGCAAAUGCAAAAUAUUUAUGCACUAUUCACAUGUUUAAUGGCCUUGUUAAAUUACAUUGUGGGUGUAAAAAAUAACUACUCCCUUAAACGUUUCUCUGUCCACAAUAUGACAAUGGGCCCAAACAGAUCCUCCCUCUAUCAUGUACAUUAAUUACAGGUAACCAUACUAUCCCCCUUUAACAUUAAGACAUCAAUAAAACAAUUUAUGAGAGAAUAAAUACA